AUGGUUCAUCUGGCGCCUCUUUCACCUGUCCAUUCGGCAGUCCAUACAAUAACUUCAAAAACUGGAGAUCAUUUCAAUGCCAUAGCUACGCAUCGUUCAGUAGUUCGUUCAGUGGAACAUCAAGCUGACACUGAAGAAGGCCUUUUGGCUGAAAUUGGUUAUAAGCAAGAAUUGAGAAGACAUUACAAUACAUUGGAAACAUUUGGUAUAGCCUUUAGUAUUAUGGGUCUUUUACCUUCAAUCUCAUCCACAGUAGCCAUCGGCUUAGAAUACGGUACUACUGGUUUAGUGUGGGGUUGGUUUGUAUCUGGUAUUUUUGUCCUCCUGAUCGGUGCCUCUAUGACAAUGUUGGCAUCGUCGUUACCAACAUCUGGUGGUUUGUACUAUUGGACUAACUACUACGCUCAUGAAAGCAUCAGAGUUCCUUUAUCCUUCCUUAUCGGAUGCUCCAAUACUUUGGCUCUUUGUGGUGGUUUAUGUUCCAUUGCGUAUGGUUUCGGUGCUGAGGUACUAGCAGCUGUCAGUGUAAACAAAGGUGGUGAUUUCAACAUUACCCAGGCAAAAUUGUACGGUGUCUUUGCCGGUUGUGUCAUUGCAGCUUGUGCUGUUUGUUGCUUGAGUACAAAGAAGGGUAGUUACAUCCAAACGGCGUCUAUCUUUAUUAAUUCUUUUCUUAUUGUUUUAUUCUUGAUUGCUGUCCCAAUUGGUGCUAGCAACAAUGGUGGAUUUAACGAUGCUUCCUUUAUUUUUGGCAAUUCUACUAACGCUAGGGAUUGGCCUAGGGGAUGGAGUUGGAUGCUUUCCAUGAUGCCGGCCAUCUGGACAAUUGGUGCCUUUGACUCUGUUGUGCAUAUGUCCGAAGAGUUGAAGUCCAAGAAAUCUAUUCCAUGGGGUAUUUUAGGAUCAAUUAGCGUCUGUUGGAUCUUUGGAUGGUGUAUCUGUAUUGUCAUUGCUGCUUGUAUUAAAGAUGGAGAUUUGGAAGCCGUGCUUUCAACGAAUACUGGUUCUCCAAUGGCGCAAGUUAUACUUGAUGCUUUAGGAAAAAAGUGGUGUGUUGCUUUCAUGGCCUUAAUUUCAGUUGGUCAAUUCUUAAUGGCUUGUUCUAUUGCAUUAGCCGCAUCCAGACAAAUUUGGGCAUUUGCUAGAGACGACGGUACUCCUUUUGUAUACAAGAUCAUCAAGUACGUUGAUCCAAGAGUUAAGGUACCAAUUAAUGCCACUAUAUUUGCUGCAGCCCUUUCUUGUUUUAUCGGGUUAUUGAUCUUGAUUAAUACCACGGCUGCAAAUGCAUUGUUCUCAUUGGCCGUCGCUGGUAACUAUGUUUCUUGGGGUAUGCCAGUAUUUCUUGUGGUUUUACCUUACGGUAAGUCAAAGUUUAUUCCUGGUCCAUUCCACUUUGGUAAAUUCCUCUCUACUGUUGUCAACUGGAUUACUGUAUUGUGGAUCAUCUUUAUCAUUACCUUGAGUAUGUUCCCUGAUAGUAAGAAAGUAAACAAGGAAACAAUGAACUACACUGUUGUCAUUAAUUGUGGAAUCUGGUUGUUGUCCAUUAUUUACUACUACACAUGGGGUUACAGAGUCUACAGUGGUCCCAAGUCGAACUUGGAUGGUUCAGAUGCUGAAGAGGUUUAUUCCAAAGAAGAUGAUUUGAUUGACGCUAAAGUAUAG